GUCAGGGCUGGGCACCCGGGGCCUGUCCUGUGGGGGCUCCGUGUCCUGUGCCCGGACCCUCCUCAGGUGGGAGCACCUGUCCUCUCACCUGCGCUCUCGCCUCCUGCCUGGCUGUGCCGUGCUGCCCAAGGUGACCCCACCUCCGGGGACCUCACUGGCCCAGGUCAGUCCAGGGAGGGCCUUUGUCAGAACAGAGAAAUCAACACCUAACUUGCCCCUGAGGGUUCAGGAUGAGACAUUUGGGCAGAAAAGUUCUAUUACUCCACCGGGUGCUAUCAGUGGCCUGAGUUUAGGGAAGGGGUGCGGCUCAGCAGUGUCAGCUCAGCAGCUUCCAGGUGCUCUGAUGGCUUAUAAGGCACCUCGGUCCUUGAAAGCAUCACAGGAGGAGGACAGGCCGUGACCAGCAGAGAAGGUGAAGGAGCUGAGACAUGGAGGACAACCCAGCACCAACCGGCAGACCCCUGAUGGAUGUAACCACCUUCAAGGACAACUUUGGUAUCACAUGGGCGAAUGAAACAUACCUGUGCUACGAGUUGGAGGUCAAGGAAGGCGUUGACUGGGUCCGAGUGGAGGAGCUCCAGGGCUUCCUGCGCAACCAGGGUGGUGACACACACUGGGAACCUAGUCAUGCAGAGUUGUGCUUCCUGGAUUGGGUCCGUUCUUGGCACCUGGAUGAGGGGAAGCAGCACAGACUCACCUGCUACAUCUCCUGGAGCCCCUGCCCUGACUGUGCCCAGAAACUGGUGGACUUCCUGGGCGAGAACAGCCACGUGAGGCUGCGCAUCUUUGCUGCUCGCAUCUACACCUUUGUCAGUGGCUAUGAGGAUAGGCUGCGCAGGCUGCAGGACGCUGGGGCCCAACUCGCCAUCAUGACCCCCAAAGAGCUCCAGCACUGCUGGGAAAAAUUCGUGGACAACCAGGGCCAGCCAUUCCAGCCCGAGACUGAACUGUUAGAAAACAUAGGAGCCCAAUGUCAGAGGCUGGAGAACAUUCUCAGGGUGAGAAUCAGGGAAACUGAAGGAUGGACUCAAUCUCUCUAAACAGCCGGGGUCUUCUGGUGAACGACGCAUAAAACACUUUCUUCAAGAAAUGAAAACACAUCACGUGCCGGAUCCCCAACUUGAUCCACAGAAACCAGCAAAAGGCAACGACUGGGCUGAGAAGGAAUUUUUUUAAAAAUCUGAUUGAUUUACUUUUCAUUUAAAAUCAGUGAUUUGUUCUACAUACACAGCAGUAACAUUCUAUUCAUGACUAUCAGAAUCAUUUUUUCCUUUUAGGGAAAUGAUUAUUUUUUAUUGAUUUUAAAUCCAAAACAAUAAAAUGAAAGAUUAGGAAUCUCCAUAAAAUGUCUUUUCCUCUGUAAGUGUGUCAUGAAGUCC